UGGAUAGACACCAUAUGUAUGGAUAGGUCCAGUCUUUCGGAGGUGGACAAGACUAUUCGUUCAAUGUACAGGUGGUAUGCAAGCUGCCGCGCAGUGGUACUAGACUCGGAUACUUCGCUCGAUGUAUGGAAAAGUAGAGGAUGGUGCUUACAGGAAGGAGCUGCAGCAGGAUUACUUUAUGGAAUCCUUGAAAAAGACUCAAAAGCAGAACUUGUUUCUAUGCAGGAAUUGGCAGAGACACAAAAUGUACACCUAUGCCAGUUAGACCUCAGUCUCUACUAUCGUCCCGGAAAUGCUGCUGAAAUAUUAGCAAGGAUGGAUGCACGAAAGACGACGAAUGUGGAAGAUAUGUCGUAUGCUUUGAUUGGAAUAUUCUCCCUAAAUAUACCGCUCGGCUACGGAGAG